CAGAAAACAAGUAAAGAUCAACUAGAGGCUUACAAAGAACCAAGCAAUUUGCAGUUCGUCAAAAUUUAAAAAUGAAGAACCAGAUUCCAGGACAAGUUAUUGGAAUUCCGAUCAGCUCAACAGUAUAUCCAGAUGAGAUGCGUCAGGAAGGGAUUUUAUGUAUCGCUUGCAAUCAAUAUUAUGCAUCUCCAAAAUUUGGACAGAGCACGAUAGAGUUAAUGAAGGAUAGGAUGAACAAACUUGGUGUGAAAGUGGAGAAUUUUGCUCAAGGCAUCCGGGAUCAUGUGAAAAUUGGACCUAAGUUGAGUGAAACAGUGAGGGGAAAGUUAAGGUUGGGAGCUAAAAUUCUCCGAGUAGGGGGUGUCAGGAGAGUGUUCAAACAAAACUUCAGUGUCAGAUCAGGAGAAGAGCUAUUGAAGGCUUCACAAUGCUAUUUAUCCACAACUGCUGGUCCAAUAGCCGGAUUACUAUUUAUCUCAACCGAUAGAAUUGCAUUCUGCAGUGAAAGAUCAAUCAAGGUCUCUACUUCAGCAGGGGGUUUAAUUCGGAUUCAUUACAAGGUUUCAGUUCCUUUGAACAAAAUUAAAACAGCAAAUGAAAGUGAAAAUGUCCAGGAUCCAUCAAUAAAGUACAUUGAUAUAGUUACAGAGGAUGAGUUCGAGUUUUGGUUCAUGGGAUUUCUUAAACAUCAGAGAACUUGCAAUUUUCUUCAGCUAACAAUGUAUGAAUCUCAAUGACCACAACAAGAACGUUCAUUCUUCCCAUGUUUCAUAACAUGUGCUUUAAUGUUAUGGCCAUGGGAUUAGGCCGUAUGUAGAGUCAAAAUAUAUGUACUAAAUGAUAGGGUAUAAUAAGUCACACCCGGGUCCUAUAAAGGAGCCUCUACCCCCGGGUAGCCACCAAUCCUGCAAGACAACACCCAAGCCUGUCAGGACACACGGCCCAGGCAGGAUCUCUUACCCGGGUACAGUGAAGCUUACUGCUCACCCGGGUACACGUGUACCAGCCGACAUUUGCUGCGCAAGGCAAAGACUGACACGAUAAAGACAAAACAUAACGGUCAACUACUGGCGAUAGAGACAAGCCAGGGAACAUUCCAAAACACUACUCCUACGCUGACACCUGGACACGUGUAGGGGAUCAAACCCCUACACGUGUAGGACCAGGAUCCAGGUACGCAUCCUUGAACCCUAAUCCUUGGCCUAUAAAUAGACCAAGGAUCAAGAGUUUAAGGGGACUUCACUCUCUACACUCACAUUUCACACACACUUGUGCACUCAGUAAAAAUACAAACACACAGCCACCAUACAGCCAUCAUACAGCCACCACACGCCACCUUCACCCACCACGUGUAGAUAGCUUAUUUCCUGUCCAUCUAUUCCGAUACCUGCACUCAUUCUCACGCCGGAGGCGCCGCGGGGCUCAAACCCCCCUCCGGUGUUGUUUUGCAGACACCCACCAGCAGCUACACCGCAAGACACCAGUGCACGGCGGAGGAGCUACCGGAACGGGAUGUGGAGUUAUCACUAAAUAUUCAUUUUUCUUAAUGAAAAUCCAUCUGAUUCAAAAUUCGUGCAAUAGCACUGGUGCAUACUAUUUUGAUGUCUCGUCUUUCUUGUUCGUCUUGUAUAUAUUAUUCCAAAGGUUAAAUACAUGUCGUCUUGUAUAAAUUUGAAAUUCCGAAGG